CAUUGUCCCGGAAGUGAGUGGCGGUGAUAUCCGGUGGAAGCUGAGUGUCCGGUGCUGGCGGCUGAAGGAGCGGUUACCAUGGGAGCGAGUGGAGACGGCGGCAGUCCGAGCGGGGACGGCGGCCUCCCGGAACCUGAGCAGCCCGGCACGAACCCCUGGAACAUUAUGAUUAAGCACCGCCAAGUUGCUCGAAGGGGCCGGAGGUCACAGAUGGCAGUGAGCUUCACCAAUCCAAAUGUAUCCAUGGAUUUAUUGCGAACUGUCCUGCAGCCCCACAUCAAUGAAGAGAUUCGUGCUGUUAUCAAUAAGUACACCAAGUUUUUCCAGAAGGCUGCGUGGAAUGUGAAGGAAAACAUUGGAGAAGAUGUGGACCCGGAGCAACUGGUGCAGGAAACCUGUAAAAACUGCCUGGAACAGGCUAAAAUGAUGUAUUCAGAUGGAGGGAAGAUGAUUACCAAACCCGGUGGAGAGCUUGCUGCUAUAAAGCGUUCUCGACAAAUGGAUGAUGAUCUGAACCAGAGAGGAAGUCCAAUCCCAAAAAAGAGAAAAGGCCGUCCACCAGGACAUCUGAUUUCAUUUGACCGUACGACCUCCAGUGCUGCAGUCUCAAAGGUGAAGUACAUUGAACCAAUCAAACGGGAGGGACCUAAGUGGGACACAUCCAGGCUGACUGCAUCAACCACAUUUGUGCUUGGAUCACGUGCUAACAAAGCCUUGGGAAUGGGUGGUACCCGUGGAAGAAUCUAUAUUAAACACCCUGAGCUAUUCAAGUACUCUCCUGACUCCCCAAAACCUGUCUAUUAUCUACAAGUUGCAACACCACUGAUCCAGAAUGCAAUCAGUACAACGCCAUUCCGUCAGCUCGUAUUUCAAGUACCUUAUGGAGCUGCUACAAAUCCAUCAGCUCCCUCUGAAAGCUCGUGGAGAACUCCCUGUCCCCGCCCACAGACUGUGUGUGACAUCAGCAACAUGGCUGGAGCCAGGGGAACACGAGCAUUAACCCCUUGA